AUGGAGCAUCGCGAAGCAUUUUACAAAGCUAUUGCAGAAAAGCGAAAUAAAAACUAUAAUACUGUUAGUCUAACUAGGGAAAAAUACGCUGAAAUCAUAAGCCGCAUAGAUUUUCUUCAAGAGAACCCUCACAUAAAGAAAUAUCGUAAAGAUUAUCGUAUUCUUAAGAAAUAUACUGUAUUAACCAUUUCUGUGAAUGAUAUCCAUGUACGAAAGUUAUUUAAAAAAGGAACUAGCCUCAGAUUUGUUUCUGUCGAUGAAGUUUAUGAUGAAAUCCAUUCUAUCCAUCGGUUAAGAGGCCACGCUGGCAGGAAUAUUGUUAUGAAAGAAUUGGAUACUAAAUUCGCUAAUAUUACAGGAGAAGAAGUUCAAAUAUAUAUAAACAUGUGCGCUAACUGGAUUAAUAUGUCUCCAUACGAGGCUUACAAUGGUCGCAAACCGUCAAUGGGGAUAUCCGCGACUAAUUUACCCAAAGAAAUUCUAAAAUUGUUGGAAACAGAAGAACAGCUUUCGGGAGCGUUACACGUUAAUACAGAUGACCUGGAUGAAAACAACUUUUCUGCAAAUGAAGAUUAUGACAGAAAUUUAGAAGAUAUAUGGCAGUACGAAGAUGAGGAAGCUGAAUUUGAAAAAAGAUUUGAUGUACAAGACGAGAGUAAAUCGGCCUUGGUUUGCGUAUCGUGUAGCAAACAAACUUCUGGAGCGCAUAUUUGUCGGAAAUGUAGUAAGCCGUGCCAUGCUAUCGCCCCUUGUUCGGUUCCUGAAUUCGAGAAUAACAAUGAGGGUUAUGGAGUGGCAGUCUUGUGUCAACUAUGCAGUAGAACAACAAAUAUUUAUGCUGCAAGAUCUAAAGCCAAAAGAAGUCAAGAGAUGCAAGCGCAAAGAAUGUUGAGAAACUCAGCAAAACGUUUCAAGCCCAUAGCAGUAGGUAAAACUGUGAUGGUACCUGUCCCCGAGGUAGAUAGAGGUAGAACAGAUUUCAGAAAUAUAACAGCGGUCGUCAUGGAGGUCGAUGAACAUGCAAUGUAUAAGUUAGGAACUACUUCUGGAAUCCUUAAACAGAGAUAUACACGAACGCAGUUUAUGUCUUGUCCUGCCCAAUUCCUGCAAGCUGAAGAUGUUCCCAACAACGAAGUUAGCUUACGAGAAGUAGCCAAUGCUAAUUCAUUAGGAUCGGGUCAAGGCUUUUUUAAAUGUAACUGUCUCAAAAAUGUUAAAUUUGUUCAGAGAGCUUUACAAGUCAUUGCUGGUAAUCAUUUUUUGAAUGAUCCAAACGAUGAAACGUUUAUCGAAUCCAUAACAAAGACCUAG